CCAAAAUUUAGCAAUGGCCUCUGCAAGAGAAGCUGUUUGUUUGUUGGUAUUCCUCUUUCUUCAACUGUUGGCAUCGUCGAUAGGGGACGACAUUGAUGGGGAUCCAACUCCAGUUGCGUGGCCUCAUCAGUUCCACUCAGUGCUUUUCAUCAACAGAAGCGGUUCUCUCCAGAAAGUUGACUUAUGGUAUGACUGGCCCAAUGGUCGCAACUUCAACAUCAUCCAACAUCAGCUCGGUGUCCUCAAAUAUGACCUCGAAUGGAACAAUGGCACCUCCUUUAUCUAUACAUUCGAACCCUUCAACAACACUUGCAAAGUCCUUCAUUUCGAUGUUGGUAUUCUCCGCCCUAAUUGGAUGGAUGGUGCUACCUAUUUGGGUCAGCAGCGUGUUGACAAUUUCCUCUGCAACGUGUGGGAGAAAGUUGAGUUCAUAUUGUACUACGAGGAUGUCCUCACUCAAAGACCUGUUAAGUGGAUCUUCCUCAGCUCCGGUUAUGCAGGAAUGACAGCUCAUGUGAUGACAUUUGAGGUCGGUGCAGUGCUUGAAGAUGAAAACUGGCAGGCUCCUGUGUACUGUUUUAGUGAGGCCAAGACACAGAAGAAGAGGAGUGCUCGCCCCUUAUUAGAUCUAGAAUCUGCUGUUCAUGGUGGUUAUCUUGGGACAUUAAUGAGAGCCGAGUAAUUGUGAAACCCGCAUAUGCACUUUUAUGUAAUAAGACAUGUUUUUAGUUUUGUUGGAUUGGAUGCAUAAUAAUAAUUAAGUCUUAAGUCUUGCACAAGGCAUGAUUCUUAGUGUAGUUUUCUCUUAUGAGCACUGAGAUAAAGCAAAAGUAGUACAUGUCAUCUCAGCUCAUUUAGAAAUAAUGAACUGUAGUAGUCCUUUGGACCUUGAGUAAAUUGAAAUAGGCCCUUAAAU